CUUCAAGAAUGGCUGGCGCGCGCGUAAAGUCUUCUUGUCUGGCGGGCGAAAAAUUCCGGACGAUCUCAUUCUUAAGAUUUCAUAGCAUCUCUCUCUUCUCUCCUUUUUUUCUUUCAUGGUUUUCCUUUCUAUGAUAAUCCGAUCUCCCAUAGCCACAUUUGGAGGCUUCUUGGAGUAAACUCUCCCACAUGACUCUCGUGCACGUAUUUAGUGGUGGCCGGGUUUCGCAGCUUGGCAUUUUCUUGGCUAGCGCUGGCUGGCUGGAAGCACAAAAUAAGAAUCGCGAGAGCGCCCCUAGCCACAGAGCGAAGGAGAAGGUCAGUUGAUCCACUGGAUUUCUUCCAUUCCAUGGUAUUUUGGAGCCAUGGAUAUCAAUCAUCCGGGUGAAGGCGCCGCCAAAAGUCAACUCGAGCACCACGAUGAGGAUCGCUCGGAUCGAGGCGAUGGAAAAUCGCAAGAGGAGGAGGAGGAGGAGGAGGGGGGGUCGUCUGGGAAUUCGUCCAAGGGUGGCGGGCGAGAAGCGCGAGCACAGAAGGAGCAGUCCGAGGGAGUCUUGGCCGAGGAUGAAAACAGCUCGACUUCAUCGUCGUCGGAGCGAUCCGAUGAGAAUGCGAAUGGGAGCGCUGGGAUUGUGCGAGAGAUCAGGGGCAGGAAGAAACCCAAGUCGGAGAGCAGCGUGUUCCACGAUCGAGAGAAAGGGAUCUCUACGUGCAAGCACUGUGGCUGGAUUUACCCGAAUCCUCGUCCCAGCGCCAAGAUGAGACGAGAGCACCGAAAGCAUUGCGGGAGCUUCCAGAGCGUGCAUGCAUGGCUGGGCUCCGAGGAAGAUCAAGAACAAGGGAGUGAAGUGACGAGUGAGAAGAAGGAUUUGGAGGUGUCCGAGAGCUCUCCGCGGGAUCAGGAAGAAGAACACACUGGAAUCAAGGCGGAGACGAUGAGCAAUGGUCGCGGGGGACUUGAGAAAGUCGAAGAAAAUCUUGAAGGAGAGAUCCAAGAGGAGAAAGUCGAGCCCAGCAAUGGACAGGUCUUGGAUCCGACCAUUUCGCAUGAAGAACUUGGGUCAGCUGUGAACGAGGUUUUGGAAGUUCUUCCAGUUCUUCACGGUCAUCCGGUUCACGACGGUGAUCUGCUGCGGGAGAAGCUGAAAGAAGCACUCGAUUCUACCAGCGAAAAAAAGCCCGAGCUUGAGUAUGAUCUGGAGAGAAUCCUCAAGGAGCAAACCAGCCAUCACUUGCUCUGUCCAAACUGUGGAUCAUGCAUCACGAGGCGGGUGAUUCUCAAGAAACGAAAGAGGACGUCGACUGGCUGUGUGAGUCUAUCCGCGGAUCAAGCCAAGGCUCAGAAACUCGAAGAGGCCGAGAGUGUGACGCUUCCCCCGCCACCAUCGACCGAAACUCCACGAGGUGUUGCUCUUGGAGACCAAGAACACGAGGAGGAGGAGUCCGAGGCAUGGGGAUGUUUAGCUUGCUUCUCCAUUUUCUUUCGUAAAGUUCGCGAUGGUUUGCACGAGCCACUGCUCGGAGUACGCGAUCGAGCUCGUCAGUUUAGUUGUCUACCGUACUUGCUUCCGGAUUUUCACUGGGAUGGAACAGGGAGCUUUCGAUUGCAGCAAUCGUCCGAGGAGCCAGUUGCCAGCCGAGGAUUCGGCACUUGUCUGCCGCUAGAGUUUCCGUGGUCGAAAGAAAUAAGCAAAUCUCAAGAAUCCCGUGAAGAGGAGAGCCGAGAAGUCGACAUAUUUAUCGAUUUGAGUCGGCCAGAGCAAACCAUCGUGCUUCCAGAUCAUGGAACUGGACAUGUGAGCAGUGAAAGUGAGCAGGACAAGUCGGAGAGGAGCUGUCUUCCAUUUUUGUCAUCUUCACGAGAGAAUAGAGCCACGACCGAGCCAAUGGAGGAAGGAGACGCGGAAAGGUUCAGCUGUUUGCCUGUCUUGCUUCCCAAGUACUGGGACAAAGAUGGCGAUUCGAUGACGAUCCAAGAACAGGAUUCAGGUGCUGCUGAGGUGCGAGAGGAGGAAGACAAAGGUGGAUUUAACUGUAUUCCAGCUUUGCUUCCCUCUUACAGCUGGGGAUCAUCGCCUUUGAAGAAAACUUUGGUGAAGGAGGACGUCAAGAUCACAGUUCGGACUGGAGAAGAAGCUCAGGACUCAAACCAGGCAGUGUCAUCCCUGAAGAUCACAUCACAAGAGGAAGAUGUCACAGAUACUCAAGGCUCAACUCACACUUCAAAGGUUACAGAAGAGGUUCGUGUUGUUGAGCCAGUGACAAAAGCACCUGAGCCUCAGGGUAGUACUUCGAAGGACAAAGAAGUGCCAACAGAUCUUUCCGAGCUCGAAAGCAGUGACAUAGCAGCUGAUUCUCAGGCUGAUAUUCCAUCAACGCAACCUCCAGCUUCAGCUCCAUCUGAAACACAUGUUUCUUAUGAAAGAGUUAUCAGUGCAGAGGAAAAAAAGACAGAUUCUUGCGAUUGUCUUCCGUGGAGUUUUCAACGAGAGGACGUUGACAUCAAAGCUGGCUUAAACUGUCUACCUCUUCUGAUUCCAGCUUACUCGUGGGGUGCUGAUACAAAGCCCGAACAUCAAGAAACAAAAGUCGCAAGCGAGGAGAAACCAACGAAUGAUCUCGUCAUAGAAGACAACAGUAAACUGCAGUCAACAGCUAAAACGGAAGAUAAAGUUAAAGAUCUAACUCCUCGCAAAGACAGUGCUCGCGAGGAAUCGUUUAUUAGCAAGGAAACCCGAAUCCAGGCUUGGAUCAAAACGAUCACCAACGUCGUGACUGUGAAGAGCACAGCCAAGAAAGCAGACACGCAAGUCAGCACAGUCCAAGUCGACAACGCAACCACGUUUGUGGACAUGACUUUGAGCCAGAAAAGCGACCCGGCCGGGAAAAACGACAAGACCACCACACAGACUCUCGUCUCAACGCCGUCAACAGGAUGGGCCUUGCUCGAUGCCUUGGAGAGAGAAUCUCCAAAAAACUAUCAGGACGCAGCUCGAUCGGAUCGUCCAACUAAGGUGAUCAUUCAAGAGGAGGAGGAAGAAGAAGAGGAAGAUGGUGAUGAAGAGGAGAGUCUGAUCGACAGGAGAAAGCAGCCAGCGAGCAAAGUACCUCAGUCCGAGAUCCAGGAAGUUGCUCCCAUUCCAAAGAAACCGAAAGAAACCUCUCAAGUGGAGGAACUUAAGCAGCCAUUGCUCACACCCGAUCAGAGAGAGCUCGACGUUCAAGAAGUUGUAGCUUCGUUAUCAGACGCAGCAGGCAUUCUCGCUCCGGCUGCCGGACCAGUGACUGCCACAGUCUCCGUCAAGAGCCCCGAGGCACUCAUCCAAGUUCGAGGCGAUGAUCCAAAGCAGGCUGUGGAAACCGCACUGUCCAUCGCAGAAGUUAUCCCAGAUCCUUCCCACCAGCAACCAGGAGCUCCAAAGAUACAGGAGUAUGUCAAGAGCAUUGUAUAUGGAGGAUUGGACGUGACACUCACGAGCCUGGCAGUGGUGUCCUCUGGAGCUGGCUCGGGAACCAAAACAAUUAAUGUUCUCGCUUUGAGCCUAGCAAACUUGAUCGCGGGAUUGAUCACGCUCUUCCAUAACAUUGGGAGCUUGUACCAGACCGAUUACACCUCGUUCGAGCAGUACAUCGGACAGAGCCUGUGGAUCAACGGCUCCAUCUCCAUCGCCUCGUUUCUCAUCUUCGGCUGCCUCGCUCCACUGACUUAUGGAUUCUCGUUUCGAGCCAGUGGAGAUAAAGACUACAAGUUUGCAGCCACGGCGGCCGUGUCGCUGGCUUGCCUGUGUCUGCUCGGCCUGGGGAAAGCUCACGUUCAGAAGAAGAGCUACGCCAAGACCAUCGUUAAUCUGCUUCUCACGGGUUUUGUGGCAUCGGUGGCGGGAUACUUUGUAGGUGAUUAUAUCAAGAGAUGGCUGCAAAAGAUGGGACUGGAUGAUGAGGUAUCGCCGCCAUCACCACCACCACCGUCUUCAUUGCCACAGCCACCACCAUUGGGGCCAUUCUUUUUGGACAGACAACGACUGAGAGGCAUCUCUUGAUCGUCCUGGUGGCGGGCCAUCAUUUAGAUUAAAGUAUAUGUCAAACACACAAAAACUGGAAGCAACUUUCAAAUGGAACUCUACUUGAGUUGAGCAGCAGCAAGUUAA